UGAUGUGUGACACACUUGAGGUGGAUACAAACCAGAGCUCUCCGUCAGUGUUCAUCACAUCAGAGGACGAGACACGUUUGAUUUCUGUCAGUAGAGGAUCAGAAUCACUCAGGAUGACGCACCAGACCCCGACGCUCUCCGAGGCUCAGAAGAGGGAGCUACAUGAGUCUGCUCUACGCAUAGUUUCUCCAGGGAAGGGCAUCCUGGCUGCAGACGAGUCAGUAGGCAGCAUGGCUAAGCGGCUGGCCCAGGUCGGAGUGGAGAACACAGAGGAGAACCGCAGACAGUACCGGCAGAUACUCUUCAGUGCAGACGAUCGCAUCAACGGAUGCAUUGGUGGGGUGAUCUUCUUCCAUGAGACGCUGUACCAGCACUCUGAUAACGGAGUGCCCUUUGUCAAAAUGAUCAGGGACAGGGGCAUCAUGGUCGGCAUCAAGGUCGACAAAGGAGUUGUUCCCCUGGCUGGAACUUCUGGAGAAACCACCACACAGGGUCUGGAUGGAUUGUCCGAGCGCUGUGCACAGUACAAAAAGGAUGGAGCCGUCUUUGCAAAGUGGCGCUGUGUGCUGAAAAUCAGUGACGCCAAUCCAUCCAAACUGGCUAUCACAGAGAAUGCAAACGUUCUUGCACGCUACUCCAGUAUCUGUCAGCAGCAUGGGAUUGUUCCCAUCAUAGAGCCAGAGAUUUUGCCUGAUGGAGAUCAUGAUCUGAAACGCAGCCAGUACAUCACUGAGAAGGUUCUGGCUGCAGUGUACAAGGCCAUGUCCGACCACCACGUCUACCUGGAAGGCACUCUCCUCAAACCCAACAUGGUCACUGCCGGACACAGCUGCUCCACCAAGUACACCCCAGAGGAGGUUGCGAUGGCGACCAUCACCGCCUUACGUCGCACUGUUCCCCCAGCCGUCACGGGAGUGGCUUUCCUCUCAGGCGGUCAGAGUGAAGAGGAGGCCUCUGUCCACCUCAAUGCCAUCAACAACUGCCCUCUGCCCAAACCCUGGGUCCUCACCUUCUCCUUUGGCCGAGCCCUGCAGGCGUCUGCGCUCAGAGCCUGGAGAGGACAUAAAGAGAACGAGAAGGUUGCUACUGAGCAGUUCAUAAAGAGAGCAGAGGCGAACAGCUUGGCAUGUCAGGGGAAAUACACUGGCGGUGAUAACUACGGCGACGUUGGCCAGCGCUCCUAUGGUUCCUGUUAUGCAUACUGAAUAGUUUGAGAAGCCACAUUUCAAUCAUCAUUGUGUCCCCUCCAUUAUUAUAACAUAAUAAUUAGGUUACUUCGGGAUUCUGACACUCAUGACGACGUUACAUGAAAACAAUUGACGUGUUUUCUUGCCUUGACAAAUGAGGACAAUCAGAACAUGGCCUUGGAUAUUUCUAAUGCAUGUAAUCAAUGAAAGACGCUUUACUUUUGUUAUGGAUGUACAGUCUGCUCUUGUAACUAACUCCAACAUUUACUGCUUAGUAUCACAAAUACUAACAUGGCACACGUUUUGGCUGCAGAGCACUGACGUUAGUUAAAGUUAGUUAGUAAGUAGUGAAUUUCUGACAUACAGCUCCUCUUCAGUGGAAGUAUGUCUUCAGAGCUUCUCUCUGUGUGCGAGUGUGUGCAGUUUAGUUUCAUUAGUGGCCGUGCACAAUUAGAAAUAUCGCACCAGCUUCAAGCUAAUUUGAAUCUGCAGCAGUCAGCACACUCAGCAACUUACAGCACAGUGUGAUUUUCAAAUAGUAUUCUCUAGUGUGUGUGUAAUAGUCUGAUAAAUGUAGUUUAUGUGUAAGCAUUCAAACAAUAAAACAGUAUUCAGGUUCAGUCUGGUGUGGAUAUUUGUGUUAUUGUUUUAAAUUCAGGCACAACGAUCUGCAACAUAAGAAAACAUGCAAAUACACAAAGCACGAAUAAAUUAAGAAAACAAAUUGACCAAAAAGUUCUGCAAAGUGAGAAACAUAACUAAAAACAGAAACUCUGCACGUAGCACAAGUAUCACAAACGACAGCAGGAACUAUUUACACGUGAUGAGCAUGACAACAUGUUUGUUUCCAACACAUUUACGGAAAGCUGACUUCAAAACUUCAAGAGUUAUAAACAUGGAGGGAUUAUAGGGCUGGAUCCUGGAUGCAAAGAUGAUGCCUAUUCAAUCCAAUGAGAAUGUUUUUAUUUACUCUAUGAAAUAAUGAGAAUGAAUAUGAGUAAGAUACCUGCGACAUCUGUCA